UAGCCAGUUUGUUGCUCUCGGAACGCCAAAUAGUACGGUCGAGUGGACGAUAGCUCGGUCCGGUCAACUUUUACGGCUCUUGAAGCUGGUUUGGUAUUACGGUCAAUAGCUCUGUUUGAACUACUAAAUAACAGAAAAAAAUAUCGUAAAAUUGUGCUCUCUGUGUGCCGUUCUAGUUUGUUGUUCAGACAAUCAUGGUUUAGCCUACUGUAUACCUGUGUGUGAUCACAGACGGGUUUACUCAUGAUAUUUUUUGGUGUGUACCAGAAUGUGACAUAAAUAGCUGCUUUGGUGAACAAGCCUGUGCGGAUUCAACCAACAAUUACCGUAGGGUGUGCAUUCAUUCUCGAAACUGUUAUGGGCGUUUUGCUGUCAGCCUGUUCUAGUUCUGAACUUGUUUCCCAACUCGUUACUUGUUGGUCCAUCGAACCAAGGUGAACUUUAGAAAUGUGAAAAUAUUUACUUUCUACUGUAGCUGUGGUGCGGAGUUUUAAAAGCGACGCAGAAAAAAGGUUGACAAAGCACAAAGCAAAGUUCACAUUAUAACGUCGCCAUACUUCUGCGAGACCCACCGAAGCAGAACGAGCUUCAUCGAGCACAGAAUUGAAUAACACGAUUGCGAAUAAAACAUCAACAUCAGAAAGGCGAUAGGCGGUCAACAGCAGUUGCAGCAGCUGUAAUGAUCACAAAAGUAACUUGCAAUAUCGAUGUAGUCAAUACAGCUGCUUCGCGGAAUUGAACUGACAGCCACAUGGCAGCAGCAGUGUGAGAUGGCUGGUCCAUCGACAGUUGUGUAAUUGCAUCUGCAGAGAAAGUGAAAAGUGCACAGUUUCUGGUUGGCUCCUCACAACAUCACCCCAAGACCCCACAAUCGUCGCCGUCAUCAGUCACAGUGAAUGUGCUUCGACACGUGUAUGGGUGUGCGAAUAUUGCUGUGAGUGUUUUUUUUUUCAUCUUGUUGGCUUCUGGAAGAAGCCUGUGAAAAAUAUCCAGAGAAAAAGGAACCACUCGUGGAGGCUGCUGCAGAUGAGUGUGUUUUUCGGGGAAAAGCACCUGAAACUCAGAGCGAAACCUGCUGACAGCAAAGCAACCACCUCGAAAACAUGGCACACUUUUCGAUAUCUGAAAUGCCCGAAGUGAAGGUGCCCACCGAUACCUUUCCCAAAAGUGGGCGGGUGACUGAAGUUUGCAAAGAAUGGCUCGUACGGGAGGAUAGUGCUCUAGCGUAUGAACUACAAAAUAAAGAAAUUUCAGAACACUACAAAGGAAACAAACAUCGGAACCAAAUUGUUCGGCAGGAUUUCCCGACCGCACUUUCCGAACAGAUCCGGGAAAAAGAAAACGCCGAACGACAGGCAGCGCUGUAUCAUCAGAUGAUAAAUGAACAGGAAGAAAUGGAUGCCAAAGUAGCACGUGAUAUCGCAGAUCAACUGAAACGAGAGGCUGAGCUAAGACGAAGGCUAGACGUGGAGAAGGAUGAAAUGUUGGCUCGCAAAAUACAUGAAAAAGUGGCCGUCGGUGGCGGCGGUAAAAAACAACCUAGACCGCAAGAGCCGCCGGAUCAUUCAUUUCCUCCGCCACCGAGAAAUCAUCCAAAACCCGUUCAACAACAGCAAUUGCCGUCCAGACCUCCAUCGUUGCAUCACGCGUCCCCCUACAUAGCGCAUUCUCCUCCGCCGUCAGGUCAGGCGGCGGCUGCUGCUUCCAUGGAACAACCAGAUCUUCACUACGCCUCACUGGAGUUGAAUUCCCCUAAGAGGCCCCCUCCGCAAUCGAUGUUCUCGAAUGGAGCAAGAAAUCCGUCGGCAAACAUCUACCAGGAAAUAUUACAUCCGCCUGCGCCAGCACGUAACUUUCAUCGGUACGACGAAGAUGAAGAAGGAUAUACCAAUAUCAAUCUUCACUCACAUACGCCCGAGAAGAAGCAACCGGUUUUCCCGAACACGCGUAAUGGAUCCGUUGCAGAUACUGUGGACAGCAUUCGGCAGUACGACAUACCGUACGAUGGCGACUACAGUUACCAAAUGCCACCUCCUCCCUCGUUGAACGACAUUACAGGACACAGUCAACCGUCCCGGUACAACAACGGUUGCAAUAAUAAGCCUGUUCAUCAUCCAUCGGAGGCGUACAAAUUCCCCAACAACAUAACCCCGGAGGAUGAUUUUAGGAACAACUCAAACUUUAACAAAAAUUCCCCAGAAAAGAUUGUCCACCCGCCAAGUUUGGCUUCAGCUAGUAAUGGGGCCUACAGCAAGGCAUCCCGUACUCCCAUCAAUUACAACGCGUAUGACGAUGAUGACAUCGAGGAAGGACUCGCUCAGCCACUGCCAUCGAACCACAUGGCCCAGCUCAACCAGAUAGGUCUUCCAGCUUCAUCUGCCGGUAUCGGAGCUACCUCAACAUCAGCAUCUUCCGCUCAGUCUAGUUUCGAUCAGGGAGGAUCGAGCGCAUCCGGUUCCCGCUACGCAAACAACGCUUUCAAUCAAGGCCCCAGCAGCUCCCAUCAUCACGGAAUACAGAAUCCUCAUCUGUACCAGAAUCACCACCCACACCACGCCCAAAUACAACAGCAGCAGCAGCACCAGCAACAACAAUUGCAGAAACAGCAACCUCCUGCCCACCACAGCCGAAACUCGCCAGCCCACUCCAAAACCGGAAGCUACGACAAGACUGAUCGGAUUCGAGCGCUCAAAGAUCUGGGCCUUCCGGUGGACGAGAUCCACGAAAUCGACAAGCGGUUGGAGCAGGAGUUGAAAGAUGAGGAACUGGCUCGAAAACUGCAGGAUGCCUUAGCAGAUGAACUGGACCAAGAAGCAAUCGACCGUAGAGUGGCCAUGGAAGCGCAAGAUAAGGAACUGGCCAAGAUGCUGCAAGAACGAGAACGUGCCAAAGCACGCCGGGCACGUGAAAAGGCGAGACUGAAAAAGGAAAUGCAACGACAGCAGCAGCAACAACAACAAUCGCAGGACAAUCCAGAUGAGGAAGGAGAAGAAGGGGCUAGAUCUGCGGAUGACCAGGAACCAACUUCCUUGGAAACCGGUUCCGGCGAUCCGGAUCGUGAUUCCUACUCAAAUCCAAUCGAUAUGCUACAAAAUGCUCAGCAAUUGGCGAGCAGUGUUGCCAACAGUGGAAAACGAUACGUUGGGCCACCAGCUCAGUCGCCAGAUCAUUCAGCAGGACCCGUGCACAAAGCUCAGGGAAGCAUCUCGUCCCAUGGAUCCGGUACAGGCAACAGCCACCAUUACCAAAACGCACAACAAUCUUCGCCAAAUGAGGACAGCUAUUCGAACCCCAUCGACAUGAUUCGACAGCAAAAGUCCGCACCGAAUUUGAAACUUUCAGCCAACGUUCAACGUUUAGUUGAAAAUGGUCGGAAGGAUGACGAUAUCUACGUACUGCCAGUUUCGGAAGAAGGACGAAAUCCUCAACGACCGAAUCAUCUGGAAAUGAGAGGCAUACCUAAUCGAUCCAGCGGUUCCAGAUCCCAGUACACGGAGGAUAAUAUCGCUACCAGGAUUGAUCCAACGUACAACGUCGCUGGCACUAGUCCCGGUAACGUAACAUCGAUGAACACUUCAUCGAUUUCCACGCCUCCAGAUAUUCUUGAAUUUUCCGAUCCCGGAUCAUCUAGUCCAGUGCCACCGUACAUGCCGAUACAAGGAACUCGUCGGAAUAACGCUGCUGACAAUAAGAAGCGAAAAUCAAAAGAACGCUGCGCUCAACAGUAAUCUUCCAGAUUGUCCCAAAAUCCAAACAGUUAGUGGCAUAAAUAAGUGAAAAAACAAACGUUAAAAAUUUAAACACCUGUUCCAUAAUCUCUAUCGUCGUAGCCCGUUACUUAUUAUACAUAUUGUACUACUAGUUAUCGAUUUUUAAACAAUUAAAAUCUUUUAUACAUCGUCAGUAUGAAAAAAAAAGAUGCCGUCGGCAGUUCUCGAAAACAUACAAAUAAACUCGUUAAACAUGUCUAUAAGACAAUAAAAAAAAGAAUACAUUAAUCCCUGAGUCCCGGAGCGGAAUCAAACUGUAAGUAAACGAUAAUCUUUGAUAUUUAUUGCAAUCGAGUAUAGGAGUGACCGAUAACUUUUAUACCCGAUAGUCAAAUCGUGUGCAACCUAUGAACACAAACACAGAUUUACAGAGGUGCGGUUAGCAUUUUUGUAUGGCUUUAUUUUUUCUUUCAUAAUUAUUUAUACAAUAUCAUUGUAAUAAAUUUGCAUUUUUAUUUA